AUCUCUGCUGUUACAUACAAUACAGUCUCCGCUUCUCUCGAUCUGGAGACAAAAUCCAACAUUCGAUGCAUAUGCAAGAGAAAUAACGCACUGUUCUAUGCUCCACAAUCCCCUGAAACUCUCAAUUAUUGUGUUGUUUCUCCUCGAUCAGCACAUCGGACUUGGAUUCUUGUGAUCUCUGAUUCUCUCAUAUUUGAUUUUUUUUUUUCGACGGUGAUCUGAGUUUUGAUUGAUUUUGCGGAUUGAUCUGAGAAUUUAUUGAGCGGCAACGGAUAUGGAGCAGUUUGAUGCGUAUUUUAGAAGAGCGGAUUUGGAUGGGGAUGGGAGGAUCAGUGGAGCUGAAGCCGUUGCGUUCUUUCAAGGAUCCAAUUUGCCCAAACAUGUUCUGGCUCAGGUGUGGAUGCAUGCUGAUCCGGCGGGCACUGGUUUCCUUGGUCGGGCAGAAUUUUAUAAUGCUCUUAAACUUGUAACUGUGGCACAGAGUAAGCGAGAAUUAACACCAGAUAUUGUGAAGGCGGCAUUAUAUGGUCCAGCUGCAGCUAAAAUUCCUGCACCACAAAUAAAUCUUGCAGCAAUACCUUCACCUCAACCAAAUCAGAUGACUACUACACCAGCCCCACAAAUGGGUGCAGUUGCACCAACAGCAUCUCAAAAUCUUGGCUUCCGAGGACAAACACUUCCAAAUCCUAGCACAAACCAACAAUAUUUUCCUUCUCAGCAAAAUCAGUUUAUGAGACCGCCUCAACCCAUGCCUGCUGGAAGUGCUUCACGUCCACCACAGAAUCUUGCAGGGCCAGAACUUAACAGGGGAGGUAAUAUGGUUGGUCCUGGGGUGCCAAACUCAAACAUUUCAAGUGAUUGGCUCAGUGGAAGAACUGCUGGAGCUCCAACUGGGCCACUGUCACAGGUCCCUAAUAGAGGGAUAACUCCAUCAAUGCCCCCACCUACAACAAAACCACUAGAUCUGGCUUCAACUCCUAAAGCACCAGUUGUUUCUGGAAAUGGGUUUGCUUCUGACCCAGUUUUUGGUGGUAAUGUGUUCUCUGCAACCCCAACUCAACAAAAAAGAGAUUCUUCUGGGUUGACUUAUUCUGUUAGUAGCUCACCUGCCUCAUCAGUUGCUUUAAGUCCAGCACCUACUGGGUCCCCGUCACUGUCCAAGCCUAGUUCACUGGACUCAUUGCAGAGUGCUUUCACCAUGGGACCUGCAGGUGGUCAGAUUCAGCGUGCCCAGUCAGCAGGGAAUCUAAACCAGCCUGCUCCUCCCCAGAGUACUUCUCCUCUUUCAUCAUCUGGGGUUUCAGUGGGAGUUGGAAAUUCUGCUUCAAACCAGUCCCAGCUUCCAUGGCCAAGGAUGACACCAUCCGAUGUUCAGAAAUACACAAAAGUGUUCAUUGAAGUAGACUCGGACAGAGAUGGCAAAAUCACUGGCGAGCAAGCACGGAACCUAUUUUUGAGUUGGAGGCUGCCAAGAGAGGUUUUGAAGCAGGUGUGGGACUUAUCUGAUCAAGAUAGUGAUAGCAUGCUUUCUCUGCGGGAAUUCUGCACUGCACUCUAUCUUAUGGAGCGAUAUAGGGAAGGUCGGCCUCUUCCAGCAGUGCUUCCAAGCAAUAUUAUGUUUGAUGAGACAUUGUUCCCUAUGAUGGGCCAACAAGCUUCUUUUGGAAAUGCGGCUCGGCCACCUACUCCUGGUUUGUCUCAUCAACAUGGGAUUCCUGGUGUCCGACAAAUGACAACUGCACCUGGUUUGGGGCCACCUAUUCAGGUUGCACUUCAGGGUGAUGGAGCAAUGCAACCUAAUCAGCAAAAAAUAAGUGGACUGGUUUCAGAGGAUGUCUUUGGGAACCAACUCAGUAAUGGAGAGAAAAAUGGACUCAAUUUGACACAUCAAGAUGUAACGGAUUCAGAGAAAAAGGUUGAAGCAACAGAAAAUGUGAUUCUGGAUUCUAAAGAGAAAAUUGAGUUGUACCGCACAAAAAUGCAGGAACUUGUUCUAUAUAAAAGCAGAUGUGAUAAUCGACUUAAUGAAAUCACAGAAAGGGCAUCUUCAGAUAAGCGGGAGGCUGAGUUUGUGACUAAGAAAUAUGAAGAGAAGUAUAAGCAAGUUGCAGAGAUAGCAUCUAAACUAGCAAUGGAAGAUGCCAGAUUUCGUGAUCUUCAGGGAAGGAAGAACGAGUUGCAUCAAGCAAUUAUCAAAAUGGAACAGGGUGGCAGUGCUGAUGGUAUUCUUCAGGUUCGAGCUGAUCGCAUACAGUCAGAUCUUGAAGAGCUAAUCAAGGCUUUGACAGAUCGUUGCAAGAAACAUGGAUUAGAUGUUAAGUCAACUGCAAUAAUUGAGCUUCCCAUUGGUUGGGAACCUGGAUUUCAAGAGGGAGCUGCUAUUUGGGAUGAAGAUUGGGAUAAGUUUGAAGAUGAAGGACUUUCGUUUGCCAAAGAUUGCGCUGUUGAUGUGCAAAAUGGAGUAGGCUCUCCUAAAUCAAAAUCCACAUCUAUUCAGAAAGAUAAUGCUUCGAGUUUCGGUGAACAUGGCAUUGAGAAUGAAUCUGCAUAUACCCACAGUGAAGAUGACUUGGCUAGAAGCCCACCUGGCAGUCCAGGUGGCAGGACUUCACUAGAAAGUCCAUCUCAAGAACUUUCAAACAACCAUUUCAGAAAGAGCAGUGAAGCAGACACUGAAAUCCAUAGAAGCUUUGAUGAACCAAACUGGGAACCAUCCUUUGACCACAAUGACGACACAGACUCCAUUUGGGGCUUUAACCCCAGUACAACCAAGGUGGGCCAAAAUUUCCAGGACUUUGAUUCUGAUAAGCACAGGGAAAAUGAUAUCUUUGGAUCCGGCAACUUGGGAAUAAAUCCAAUAAGAACCGAAUCCCCACAUGAUGACCCAUUCCAGAGAAAGAGUCCAUUCAGCUUUGAGGAUUCUGUUCCUAGUACUCCACUCUCCAAGUUUGGCAACUCCCCGCGGUACAGCGAGUGGGCAGGAGAGCACCACUUUGAUAUGAGCUCAAGGUUUGACUCCUUCAGCAUGCACGAUGGUGGAUUUUCUCCCCCACGGGAAACUCUCACGAGAUUUGACUCCAUAAGCAGCAGCAGAGACUUUGGCCAUGGUCAGGCAAGGUUCGACUCCUUAAACAGCGGCAGAGACUUUGGCCCUGGUCACGCAAGGUUCGACUCCAUAAGCAGCAGCAGAGGCUUCGACCAUGGUCAGACCUACUCUUUUGAUGACUCAGAUCCAUUCGGUUCAACUGGUCCAUUUAAGGUCUCAUCGGACAAUCAAACUCCAAGGAAAGGUUCUGAUAAUUGGGGUUUCUAGUUGGCUGCUCAACCCUACUCUUCUGCCAUUUGCUCUUUCCUCCUCUUCCUCCCAACUUUAAGGUUUGUUCCUGUUAUGGCCAUUUUUCGUGUUAUAUAGCCCGGAACAUAAUCUAGCAGUUGUAAAGUUGUUUGGUAUUAUUGUCUUGCUGUAGUCACCAAUUUUUUUUUCAAAAAAAAAAAAAAAAGAAUUCUGGGCGUGUUGGGAUGAAAACUAUCUUAAUUUUCUGAUUCCAAAUUACUUAAGAAAAAAAAAUCUUGUGUUUUUAUCUACAUUGUGUAUAGUGGAAUAGCUUACUGAGUGUAGUAUUUCGGAAUCUUAGUCUGCCGUCCAUGUAAUGAUUUGCAACUUGUAGCAAUAUUUAGAAAAUCCUAAUAUUUGGCUUUGAUUU